AUGGCCGAGCCCAAGGCCGAUGACGACGACGUGAAGCGCGAGAUGAAGAAGGCCGCGAAGAAGGCCUCCAAGAAGGCGGCGCCGGACGCGGGCCCGGCAAUCGCAACGCCAAAAACGCCACCCGCCGCGACGCCAAGCAAGCCAAAAACGCCACCCGCCGCCGCCGCGACCAAGCCGCCCUCCAUGACGGACGUGCCGAAGAUGAACCUCUCGAGCCUUGGCGCGGCCGAGCCCAAGCCUUCGAGCGCCGCGGGUGACGAAAAGGCCAAGAAAAAGUCGUCCAAAAAACGACCCGACCCGGCGGUCACCGGUCCCGCGCCGACCGCGACUGCGAUUCCAGCGACGCCGGCAGUGACGUCGCCGACCAGCGCUGCCGUGCCCAAGGACGACAACGACGAAGAAGAGAAGGCGCGCCAAGCCGCGCGACGCGAGGCGAAGCGUUUAAAGCAAAAGGAGCUGGAGGAAGCCAAGCGGCGAAAGGACGAACUGGAGCGGCAAGCGCUCGAGCUGGCGCGCCGCGAAGAAGAGGCCCGUCAGCGCGAGCUUCGCAAGGCGCAGGAGCUCGCGGCGCUCAAUGCCAACGCCGAAGAGUGUCAAGAGGAAGAGGACUACGACGACGAUUUUGAGAACUACGAAGGCGACCGCGCGGACGAGCCAGUAAAGAAGCCGGCCAAAGCCAGCAACAAUAAUAUUGUCGAGGACAACAAGCCCGACGACGAGACGGUCAAGAAGAUCCGUGAAGCGCUCCAGGCCGAGAGCAAGUCGCGGUCGUCGACGCCCACGUCGUCGGCCAAGUCGACGUCGCGGGCCGAGUCGAAAGAGGCCAAGAAAGCACCGUCCAACAACGUCUCGUCCUCGAUUGCGGGCUUGAAGCAGGCCGUGGACCCGCGCGCGAAACGUAUCAAGGAAAUCCUCGAGAAGAAGAAAUUCGAGGUCGAAAAGUUUGAUGUGUUUCAACUCGCGCCAUCCAACGACCUUGACAAGUACAUGCAGCAGCUCCGCGUCGGCGCGGUCCGCCAAGUGUUUGUGCAGACCAACGAUGACGCGCGCGGCGUCAGCACGCAGACCGAACACGGCGACGCCAAGGACUUUGGCAUGCACUUUCCUGACGACCGCGGCCACGACGACCACGACAGCACGUCGUCGUCGUCGUCGCGGCACUUUAUGAAUUUCCUCGAACGGGCGGCACACGUCUGCGAAGUGCUCGCCGAAGAGAACGUCCUACGUGCCAUUCAAGCCGCGUCGCGCAAGGACGGCAUGGAGAUGACCCAUCACGAUCCGAGUACACGCAAGCUCGCGCAGCUCGAGACAGCGCACGUGGUGACCGAGCCGCAGCCGCUCUUGGCCGACCGAACCCUCGUUGACGUGACCUUUUCCGCGACGGUCUCGCACUGGCUGCUCGCCGCGUACUCGCCGAGCGUCGACAACAACAAUGAGAGUGUCGCGUUCAGCGACAAGUCGAUCUUGUGUGUGUGGGACAUCAACCAACUGCAGUCGCCGCUUCGGUGGCUACGCGCCGAGGGCAACGUGACCUGCUGCAAUCUUGGCCCGAACCGCGACCUCUUCGCGUUCUGUGGCACGGAAGAAGGCGACGUGCAGCUCUGGGACCUCCGACACCCCGUGUCGCCCAAUUUUGAAGUCCAUGUCAGCGGCCGCCGUCUCAAGGUCGCGCCACCGUCGUACGCGACAGCCGGCAUGAAGUACGCACGCAACAGCCAUGCGUCGCCGAUCUGCUCGGUGGUACCGAUUCCGUCGGGUAAGAAGGGCGCCACUUUUCAAAUCGGCUCGCUCGACAACCGUGGGCGUGUCAUCUUUUGGGGCCUUGUCGAGUCGGCUGCCGACGCGACCGACGCACUGGACAGCUGCGUCGAGAUUGGUGGCCGCGUGCGCCUCGUCAAGACGUCGGUCAUCGACACUGCACCCACCGUCGCGUUUGGCCCGACCGCGACGCUGCUCGCCGUGCUACCCUCGGACACGAGCCUCUUUGUCGUCGGCUCCCAUUCGGGCAAGCUCCAGCUCCAUAGCCGCUUUGAGAAGAAGCUGCCGCCCUUCCUGCCCACGUACUUGCUCGUGGGGUAUGCCGACGGCAGUGUCCGCCUCUUUGACAAGGGCCUCGCGCACGCGAUCGCGUCCUGGGCCGAGGCGCCGACGAGCCGCGUCGCGGUCGUUGGUCUCCAAUGGUCGCCGUCGCGCAGCGCCGUCUUUUUCGUGCAUUAUUCGAACGGCGAUGUCGGUGUCUGGGACCUGUUGGCGUCCAGCAUGAGCUCUGUGCUCGUCCAGCGCGUGACGACACCGAGCGGCAUCAUGCGCCUCUCGAUUGCCACCGACGUGGUCAAGACGUGCCCGCCGAUGCUGGCCGUGAUCUCGCAUGACGAACCCAACCAGCUGCGCCUGCAUGCACUGUGUCCACCGUUGACGAGCACGGGUGCCAAGGAAGCGCAGGCCGUCCACGCGGUGCUGCAAGGCGUGGUGUAG